AUGGCCAUUGACAACUGUGUUCAAACUACUUUAGAAGUUGUUGAAUCAAUACACGGCCAACCAGGGUGGCAAUCAUCUCUGCUUAAAGAUGUAGAGGUGCCAUUGAGAUUUCUGAGAACAUUUUUUAUGUGUGGGAAGAAGUGGGGCAGAGGAGAGCGCUGUGAAUCUUUCUUGCUUCGGAUUGAGCAAACUCUCCACAAACAUGUUCAGGAAUUUCAAUCUACAGGUGCUCUCAGGUUUGAUGAUCAUCUCCAGAAGAGGGUUUCUGAAUUCCAUGUUUGCAUCCAGCAGUCAUUUCUUCGAGAAAUGGAGGAUCUUUACCGAACUUUCUUACCUGGCUUAUCCUACCAAGCUGGCCCUUCUUCUCCUUCUCAAGAAAUCAAAUUUCUGGGAGAGGAAGAUGUCAAAUUCAAGGAAAUCCAAUUCCUUAUGGAUAUCAUGGAUUCCCUCCUUCACAAUUUGCAAGAUCUUCGGCACCAUAAUGAUUCUGGCUCAGAUUCCACAGCUCCAGUGGAGGACCUUGAAGGAUACAUAAGGUUCUUGAAGAAUUUGGUUCUUUUUGCCAUGUCUCUUGGACUUGAUGGGCAUAUGCAGAUGGAAGUUCUAUUGACUCACGUUCAAGACUUGGUUCUCAAUGCUGCUCGCCUCACUUUCAUGUGUUGGUAUAGCCACUAUCGCAGGAUGUGGUAUAUUGUUCACCAACUCACCGAAAGAAUUAAGCCUAUUAAAUCUAAGGUUCAUUCGAUUUAUGUUGGAGUCCUGCAAGAAGCUUCAAAGUUUUCAUUGUCGUCGACCCACCAUCAAAAUCUAGGAAGCCAUAAACUAAGGUUGGGGGACUUUGUUGGUUCUCUCCUCUUUCUUCUUUCACAGCUAUUAUUCCUUGGUAGUAGUCAUGGGGACAUCUUUAACCAUCAAAUGCAAAAACUCUUUCAGGAGCUGACAUUCUUGAGAACCGUCUUGAGAGAGCACAUUUCUGAGGAAAUGCCUGACCUUAUUGUAGCUGUGAUUUGUGAGGCAGGAAUUUUAAUUUUCCAUCUUUUCACUAGAGAAAACGAAGGAGCCUUGGUUGAAAACUUUGUAGAUCUAGAGGAAAAGUUUAAGCUCAUCAAGGCAGAAGAAGAUGCACAGAAACAUUCGCCAACGUCAGCAUCCCGGUAUCCUCGAACCAACAAGCUCAAUCUUCUUCGUUCAGUCAUGGGGAAGGUGAAAUCAUUUUUUGCUCUUGCAGAGGACUUUACUUCAUCUUCAGAAACAAAUCCAAUUCCAGCUUCCCUUCCUGUACUUGAGAAGGAGCUAAGUUCAAGAUCAGGGGUGAGUUCAGAAAAUCUGAGCAUGGAUGACCAUAAUCUGAGGAUUUCCAGUGUCAAAGGUUCAUUAAACUCAUUGCCAGCAGCUCCAAAGAGUGGGGAUCAGAUCUUGCAGUCCCGCAAUUUGAAGUGCUUCAGUUUCUCUGAUCUUAAAAAGGCCACCAGGAACUUUCGGCGCGAUACCAAGCUUGGAGAAGGUCGUUUUGGAGGAGUCUUCAAAGGCUGGAUUGAUGAGAACUCACUCACAGCUACCAAGUCUCGAACAGGCAUACAUGUUGCAGUAAAAAAGAUUGAUCUUGAAGAUUCUGAAGGCUCUCGAGAGUGGCUGGCUGAAGUGAACUAUUUGGGACAGUUAUGCCAUCCUCAUCUUAUCAAACUGAUUGGCUAUUGCUUGGAGGGUGAGCAUAGGCUCUUGGUGUAUGAUUACAUGCCCAGGGGAAGUUUAGAAAACCAUCUUUUUAGAAGAUCAAACCUCCAACCUCUCCCUUGGAACCUUCGUUUGAAGGUUGCUCUUGGAGCUGCAAAAGGUCUUGCUUUUCUUCACAGUGCUGAAACAAACGUGAUUCAUAGGGACUUCAAAACAUCUAACAUUCUGCUUGAUUCGGGCUUUAAUGCCAAGAUUUCUGGUUUUGGAGUCGCCAAGGAUGGUCCCACUGAUGAUGAAAGCCAUGUCUCCACAAGAGUGAUAGGAACUUAUGGAUAUAUUGCACCAGAGUACGUGGCAACUGGCCAUUUAUCGUCCAGAAGUGACGUGUAUGGUUUCGGAGUUGUUCUUCUGGAAAUGCUAUCCGGUAGGAGAACAAUUGACAGGAGUAGAUCAUCUGAAGAAACCAGCCUUGUUGAAUGGGCCAAGCAGUACGUGACCAACAAGCACAAAAUCUUCCGCAUUUUAGACAACCGUCUUGAAGGCCAGUACUCCCCUCGCGCGGCUUACCAGGUCGCCAAUCUUGCUUCACGAUGUACAUCAAUGGACCCUCGUUCCAGGCCGACCAUGGACGAGAUUGUCAAGGAACUCGACGAUAUUCAGAGCUACGACAACAAUGCAGGCAAGGAUGUCAUAAUGAUACCCGAUGAUGCCCCCCGGAUUGAAUUUUCAGAUGCGUAUGCUUUGGUUUCUAACUCUGUCAUCUGUUAUUUGGAUCAGGGGACUGAGGAUGAGAUGCUGCAAUCACCCAAUUUGAAGAGAUUCAGUUUCCCUGAACUCAAAAUGGCCAUCCCAAACUUUCCCCAUGAUAAUGUGCUUGGAGAAGGUCAUUUCAGAAGCUGGACUGAUGAGAACUCAUUCGCAGCUGCCAAUUCUGGAACAGGCAAAGCUAUUGCUUUAAAAUCCCUUAUCACCAAAGUUUUCAGGGCCAUAGGGAAUGGCUGGGUUCAAAGUUCUAACUUCCAACCUCUCACUUGGAGCCUUCGUUUGAAGAUUGCUCUUGGAGCUGCAAAAGGUCUUGCUUUUCUUCACAGUGCUGAAACAAAAAUAAAUUCAGUCAUUGAUUGGACUAUUUAUAUUAAUCACCCCAAGUUUGCUCUUUUUAAUGAUCUGCAGAGCUAUGAUGCCAAGCUUUCUGAUUUUGGAUUCACCAAGGGUGAUCCCGCUGGUGAUGAAAGCGCUAACUUUGCAAAAGCGAUGUUUCCUUCUACUGCACCGGAGUCUAUAGCAACUGGCCAUAUAACUUCCAGAACAGAUGUGAAUAGUUUCGGAGUUGUUCUUCUGGAAAUGCUAUCUGGUAGGAGAGCAUUUGACAGGAAUAGACCAUCUGGAGAACGCUGCCUCGUCUAA